AUGGUGGCUACAAUUUUUGCGGGGAGAUUAAAAAGCGUUCUUGAUUUGAUUAUUUCACCUUGUCAAAAUGCUUUUGUGCCCAAAAGGCAAUCGUUGGAUGGUGUGUUAGUGGCGAAUGAAGUGGUGGACUAUGAUAGAAAAGAAGGAAGAAAUUGUUUGCUUUUUAAAGUGGAUUUCGAGAAGGCUUGUGAUAAAGUUAGUUGGAGGUAUUCGCGGUAUAUGAUGAAAAGGAUGGGUUUUGGGGGAUGGUGGAUGGGAUGGAUUAAGUCAUUGGUUUUUAAUAGUAAGAUGUCGGAUCUUGUUAAUGAGGCGGAAGGUCUUUCGGGGUUAGUGAGGAAAUCCAUUAAAGUUGGGGAGUUUGGGAAAUUAUCCAUAAAAGGUUCUUGUUGGGUGGAAAAUCUUCAAUUUGCAGAUGAUACUUUACAUGUGGGAGAAGGGACGUGGAAGCAUCAAAAUGGUUUAAGGGAAUUAAUUAUCUUGAAGGAUGCUUACCCAGAUUUAUACAAGGCAUCUAGUUUGAAGGGAGUGUCGGUUGCGGCCAUGGGAGGAUGGAGAGAAGAGAGUUGGCGGAGGAACGACUUUGGAAUUACUGAUAUCAUUUUGGGUGAGUUUGGCCUUUUAGAAGGCUACGCUCGAUUUCAAGAAAGCUUGGAUUGUUUUUGGGGAACGAAGGAUGGGAAAGAUUUGGUUUCAUGGUCUUAUAAUUCCUUUUUGGAUUUCUCGGUGGCUUCAUGUUACGAGUUUUAUGGUUAG